ACACGGGCCCAGCAAAGAAAUUUAUAAAAUUUAUAAUGUUGGCUUGGAAAACCAAGGCCAAAUUCUAUCAGAAAAUAGAACUAAGAAUCACUAUAACAACUCCUGCAAUUCUUGCCCAUUUUUCAAAAAUUGAAAUCCAUAAGUUAUUAUGGCUCCCGUGUUGUCUACCAUUUUCCUGUUCUUUUAUGUACUCUCUGCUGUCGAAGGAGCUGAACAAGAACUUCCUAGCAGGAUAAUUCUAGGUUCUUCACUCUUUCCAACAUCUCAUCCUCCUUCAUGGUUCUCCCCUUCUGGUCGAUUUGCAUUUGGAUUCUAUCAGCAAGGCACUGGCUUUGCCGUUGGAAUUUGGCUGGUUGGGAAACACAACACAACAGUUGUGUGGACUGCAAAUCGCAAUGAUCCACCAGUAUCUGCAAAUUCAACAAUCGUCUUGACAGAAGAUGGCAAGCUUCUUUACAGAAUUGGCCAAGGAGGGGAGAAACUUAUUGCUAAUAAUACAGAAGCUGCUUCCUUUGCUUCUCUACAUGAUUCUGGCAAUUUGGUCCUCUACAACAAGAAUUCUGAGGUCAUUUGGGAGAGUUUUAAGUAUCCUACUGAUACCAUUUUAGGAGGUCAGACUCUCUUUUCUGGGGGUCAAUUGAUAAGUUCAUCAGACACCGGCCACUCCACCGGACGGUUUCACCUCAAGAUGCAGGACGAUGGGAACCUUGUUUUAUACCCACUGAAUACGGGGGAUACACCAGGUGAUGCUUACUGGGACUCCCAAACUUUUGGGGAUGGUUCCAAGUUUCAUCUUUAUCUCAAUAGCUCUGGCCACCUACUAAUUAUCAACGGUACCAUUUCAAAAAUCAUCAAGACCCUAUAUUAUAACUCAUUAUCGGCAUACAAUGACAACAGUACAAUUUACCAUGCAACUCUAGACACUGAUGGCGUUUUGCGCUUGUAUUCUCAUAGAUACAACGAGACCGGUGAACUGAAAGCCUGGCCAGCAUUGAAAAAUCCUUGUGAAGUGAAAAGCUUUUGUGGGUUCAAUAGUUAUUGCACAUUAAAUGACGGCCAACCAGUAUGUCUUUGUCUUCCUGGUUCUGCUCCCAUUGACCCUAAUCAAGGGACUCUUGGCUGUAGUAGAAACUAUUCAGAAUCAGGGUGUAAAGGUGGGAAAGAAAAUGCACUCCAUUUUAACAUCACUACCAUGGAAAAUAUUGAGUGGGGAGACCGUCAUUAUGUUCAACAAUCCAUGUCCAUAGACGAAUGCAGCAAGUCUUGUUUGGAAGACUGCAACUGCGGGGCAGCACUGUUCUCUAAAAACAUGUGCAUGAAACAAGGGCUUCCACUGAGGUAUGUUGUUAGAAAAAUUCAAUCAGGAGAUCAAGAUGCGUCCACCACAGCUUUGUUGAAGGUAGGCAUUGGAGGUAAUAGGACUGACCUUAUCCCUUCAAAGCCAACCAUUAUUGUGUUUGCAAGCGAAAAAGAACUACUGCCCGCAAUUCUUAUGACUUCUGGUCUUGUCCUGUUUUCAUGUAUUAGCCUUAUAAUUUUUUGUUUAUUCAUUUACAAAAUCCGAUCCAUAAGAUAUAAAAGGCUACUGGAAAAUGGGGAGGAUGGUCUGACUGAGGAGCUUAAAUUGCGGUUGUUUUCAUACAACGAGCUUAAAGUAGCAACAAAUGGCUUCAAAGAAGAGCUGGGAAAGGGUUCAUUUGGAGCAGUGUACAAAGGGACUUUAUACAGAGGAAAAAAGCUUGUUGCAGUGAAGAGGCUAGAGAAGUUACUGGAAGAAGGUGAAAGGGAGUUCCAGGCAGAGAUGCGAGCAAUAGGAAGAACUCACCACAAGAACUUAGUCCGGUUGUUGGGAUACUGCGCCGUGGAUUCAAAAAGACUUCUGGUUUACGAAUACAUGGGCAAUGGCUCCCUUGCAAAUCUACUAUUCAAGUCUUCAGGUAGGCCAGAUUGGAACGAGAGAAUAAGAAUUGCAAUUGAUGUUGCGAAAGGGAUCCUUUAUCUACACGAGGAGUGUGAGACUCCCAUCAUUCAUUGCGAUAUAAAACCACAGAACAUAUUGAUGGAUGAUUUUUGGACUGCUAAGAUAGCUGAUUUUGGGUUGGCAAAAUUGCUGAUGCCAGACCAAACAAGGACCUUCACAAUUUUGAGGGGAACCAGGGGGUAUGUAGCACCAGAAUGGCAUAAGAACACACCAAUUUCAGUUAAGGCAGACGUCUACAGUUAUGGAAUUGUGCUCUUGGAAAUUGUUUGCUGCAGAAGGAAUAUGGAGCUUAACACAUCAAAACCAGAAGAGAUUAUUCUAUCAACUUGGGUACACCAAUGUUUUGUUGCUGGAGAGUUGCAGAAGCUAGUAAUUGGGGAAGAAGCUGACAAGAAGAGCUUGGAGAAAAUGGUGAUGGUGGCACUGUGGUGUAUUCAGGAUGAACCAGCUCUUCGUCCUUCAAUGAAGAGUGUAGUUAUGAUGUUAGAAGGGAUCACUGAUAUAUCAAUUCCUCCAUGUCCAACUGCUGAAUCCAUGUAAUUCAACUCUUUAGCCAUGUUUUUAGAAUUGGGCUGGUUAGUGAACUUGUCUGCUGGAAAGUUUACUGCUCAUCAUGCCCAUCAGUUCAGCGUUCCAAAAUAAUUUUAAAAUUUUUGUUAUAGUAUUUUAGUCGUUUUUGCUUUAAAAAAAAAGUAUUCCAAUUAAUAAAAAUGUAAAAUCAUAUAAUAACGUUAUAUAUUUUUCCUUUUUUUUUAAAUUUU